AUGGUGUCCAGGUUGCUAGACUAUUCGGAGGGUGGUCCGAACGACCCUCGCACCACUUUCAAUGAUCUGCGCAAAUGGUUGACAGCUGUAAAGGAGGAGAUUUCACCGUGGGGUUGGCAAGCCUACGAUGCGGAGUUCCGUGAGCGUAUGCAGGCCGAGAAGAAGCUGUAUGCCAUGAAUGGUCUGCCCAACAGUGGUGCCGAGCCCCAGGACGGCGUGAUCCAAGGCACCCCCUUGUGGCAAGAAAGGCUUGACCAGAUGCUCUUGGUCGAGCACUUGAAACGGAAGGUCAUGGUUGCCCACACAGCAUUCACCGAAGCCACCGACCUCCUAUUGAAAUCGCACGCAUGGUUGGUGAAGGACUCGCUGCUGGCUGACAAGUUUGCCGAAUGCAUAUCGCGGGUACCACCAAGUCAACAUGACAGAAUCGACCUUCUGCAGGUGGUGCCGCACCUAAAGUCUACCAAGCUGGCGGUCUGUGCAUGCGAACAUGUCUUCUUCUGUGCCACUAUUCUGGCUGGAACAUGGAUGUGA